AUGGCUUUAAUAAAUUUGUGUGAAUCGAACAACGUGAGCUAUCCUACACCAAAAGGCGUUAGUGGACGAGGUAUAUUAAAUGGAGUUUCUUUCCCAAAGUGGAAUAAACGUCAUAAUUUGAGAAAGAAAUUUCCAGAUCAGCUAAUGACUGAAGCACGGUUUUGGCCGCCAGUGCAGAAAGAAAGUAGAUUCCUCUCGCUAUUCACCGUCGUGACCUUUCCUAACGGUCUUUGCACUGGAGCAUCCGGGGAUAACGGCACGUGCAUGACGGCACGGGAGUGUUCCUCCCGUGGUGGCUCGGCUAAUGGAUACUGCGCUAAUGGGUUCGGACUUUGCUGUAUAUUUAUGACAUCGUGUGGCAGUACUACAUCCGAAAACGGAACAUAUUUUGUUAAUUCAGGUUAUCCGUCUACAUAUGAUGGUACCGGCUCUUGCGAACUAACCGUUAUCAAAGCACAUCCUGAUGUGUGCCAAAUAAGGUUGGAUUUCGAUCGCUUUGGAAUUUCGGGUCCUGAAAGAAUUAACCACAUGUGCAACCAAGACCAGUUUAUAGUUUCUGGAGGAAAUCCUGUCCCAGCGAUAUGUGGUUUUAACCAGGCCAGUCAUAUGUAUAUUGAUGCUGGGAUCGGGACUACAAAUCCUGUUAAAUUGACUUUUGUUACAAGUGGCAAUUCUUUUGAGAGGCUCUGGAAAGUAAAGGUCACGCAGAUACCUUGCAGCACGAUAUAUAAAGCCGACGAAGGUUGCCUUCAGUAUUACACUGGUGUUUCUGGUCAACUGAAAUCUUUUAACUACGAUCCUGCGACUGGACGACAACUCAGCAAUCAGGACUACGGUAUAUGUGUGAGGAUGGAAAGGAAUUUUUGUGGUAUACAAUACACAGCUUGCCCUGAUCCAGUAAACAAUCGAUCUAAAUCAUUUACUCUAAGUGGAAACAGUAAUACUCUAGUUAACGCCAUGGUUGGAUCAGGCGCUGGGCCCAACAACUGCGCCAAUGAUUGGUUGCUGGUACCAUGUGCAGCUAAUGUAGGCAGAAUACAGCCAGCACAAGCCCUCUGCACCGACAGGAUAUGUGGAGGGACAUUCUCUGCUGAUCUCUCUAUGCAGUCGUCACCAGUUUUAAGCACAGUAAAGCCUUUUCGUCUUUGGUUCCACGCCGACAACGUUGAGGCGCCAGUGGAUAUAGAUAAUAGAGGCUUCUGCCUGAAUUACGUACAACAACCAUGCACUAAUAAUGUUUUG